UUCACGGGUCAGCCUCACUCUCUCGCGCGCUUCCAGUUCCACUCCCAUCCCCAUCACCUACACUACACCUACAGCUCCUCCCCACAUGGCUCCCUUCCCACCAGUCCUCCUCCUCCCGCUCCCGCUGCUACUGAUCCUCUCCUCUCUGCUUCUACCCAAUGCGGCGCGAGCGGACACCGGCCCGACCGUCGUGCUCAAGGACGGCACCACAUGCACGCUCUGCGCCUCCUGCGACAACCCCUGCAACCCCACCUACUACCCGUCUCCCCCUCCUCCGGUAGUGAACCCCACCCCGCAGUGCCCGCCUCCCCCAUCCUAUUCCUCCGCCGGCGGCGGCGGCGGCGGCGGUGGAGGCCCCGUCAUCUACUCCUCCCCGCCCCCUUCCAACGGCGGUAGCGGUACCGGCGGAGGUUACUUCUACCCUCCGCCAACCGGCGGAUCCUCUGGCGGCGGGUCUCAGGGCGGUGGAGGCGGUGUCUACCCGACGCCGCCGCCGCCCAACCCGUUCCUUCCCUACUUCCCCUUCUACUACUACAGCCCGCCGCCCAAGUUCGUCGACAAAAGCUCCGCCGCCGGAGCCAUCUCGUCUUCGCCCGCGACGCUGCUGCUUCUCGCGCUCUCCGGGCUCCUGCUGUGGCGAGACUGAGAAUGCGAGAUAGAUCUGCGCUGCUUUUUCGCACUAGUAAGGCAGUGAUUUGACUGCGGCAUCCGACUGUAAUUUCUAUUUUAUUUAUUUUAAUUUGUAAUUUAUGUAUUUGCUCCUCCUCCUUCUCUCUUGGUGGGUUUAUGUGCCGGUACAAAUUGAAAUCAGUAAUAGCUCAAGUGUAAAACGAGGGCAAGUAAUAAGUAUUAUAGAUGGACCUAAUCAAAAUGUUCAGUCUCAUGAUUUACUCUUUCAGAGUUUCACUUUCA